AUGUCAGCAUCACAGCAACAGCAGCCGAGCCGACCAUACUUCCACAACGGUCAAGCGCUCUCAGCUCCACCCGUCACCGUCCGCGUCCGCAACUUUUUCGACAGUGCCUAUGUCUUUCUUGGUCUCUACGUGACUACCUUUUUCUCGUUUGAUCCCGCUGCGGCAGCUGCCUCAUCACCAUUCAAUGCCAACAACAGAACUCCUGGGAAAAGACCCGGCUGGGGUUUCGGAGGUGGUAAUGGCAACGGCGGCAGAGGCGGGGGUCCUCCUCCUGGCGGAAGAAAGGUUGGCAGAGUGGAUGAUGUGAGAGGACCUGAGUGUAAAUCAUGCAAGUGA